UCAGAGUUAAACACCAUUUCUCGUCUUUCUCUAUAUAAUAGAGUGAGUUCUGAAGAAAAAAAACAUUUCUUCAAAUUUUUCAAUUCUACCCUUCAAAAACCUUCCCGAAUUUUCCAAUCCAUGGCACCCGCUACCUCAUCGCCGUCGUCUCCGAGACUCAUCAGCUUCAUCCGCCGGACGCAUGCGCCGAACAACAUUCGGAAACAGCCACCGGACUCGCCGAAGGAGAAGAAGUACAGGUCGAUGAGUGAUAUAUAUGCGAGGGCGAAGUACGCGGUGGUGGAACGCGACGAUUACGGUAACCUCAUGUGCGAGCAAUGUGGUUCCGGUGAUCAACCGGAGGAGCUGCUUUUGUGCGACAAAUGUGACAAAGGUUUUCACAUGAAAUGCGUUAGACCAAUUGUCGUCAGAGUUCCGAUUGGAUCGUGGUUGUGCCCAAAGUGUUCGGGUUUGAAGAGAGUGAAAAGUUUGUCGCAGAAAAAAAUACUCGAUUUCUUUGGGAUCAAACGCAAUUCUCGAGAGUUUAAAAAGAAACGUUCUUCUGCUUCUUCUCAGGAUGCUAAGAAGCGUCGGAGACGCACAAGACCUCUGGUAUUACACAAGAAAAAGAGGAGACUAUUACCAUUUGUUCCUUCAGAAGAUCCUGAUAAGAGACUGAAACAAAUGGCUUCCCUUGCUUCUGCUUUAACAGCAUUGCAUAUGGAGUUCAGUGAUCGCUUGACGUACUUUCCAGGAAUGGCUCCUAGAUCUGCUAAUCGAGCUGAUUUAGAAAAUGGUGGCAUGCAGAUGCUUACUAAGGAAGAUACGGAGACCUUAGAACGCUGCAGAGCUAUGACUAAAAGAGGCGAUUGCCCUCCCUUUAUGGUCGUUUAUGAUUCAUGUGAAGGCUAUACUGUGGAGGCUGAUGGCCCAAUCAAAGAUAUGACAUUUAUUGCUGAAUACACUGGUGAUGUGGAUUAUAUUAAGAAAAGAGAAACUGAUGAUUGUGAUAGUAUGAUGACGCUGCUUCUUGCAUCAGAUGCUUCUAACAGUCUUGUUAUCUGUGCGGAUAAACGUGGAAACAUUGCUCGCUUUAUCAAUGGCAUCAACAAUCAUACUUUGGAAGGUAAGAAGAAGCAGAACUGUAAAUGUGUGAGAUACAAUGUUAAUGGUGAAUCCCGGGUCUUUUUGGUUGCCACUCGAGAUAUUUCCAAGGGGGAGAGGCUUUAUUAUGAUUAUAAUGGUUAUGAGCAUGAAUACCCAACUCAUCAUUUUGUCUGAGUUGAAGUCAUAAAAAUAUCUUAAUAAUCCUAUAGAAUUGGGACAAAAUUUUAGACUCUCAGGAAAGGAUUUUCAUGAUUCUCUUUGAAAAAUUUAACUUAUAGUUCUUGCAGAUUCAACAAUUUUUUUCUUAAAUAGUUGCGAUGGGCAAUUCAUUGUAAUUUAUGCAUAGAGCUGGCCAAAUUAUGUGGCUUAGAAAUGAAUAGAGACUCCUAGGAAAACUUUCUUCAUUUAGGUAAUGUCUCAAAAUAUGAGCUGAGAUAUACAUGUUUUUCUUUUACUACAGUUUCAAGGGAUUGAAAAGAUUAUCAGAUUUUAUUUUGAAGGUA